AGGACACUUUCAAAGAAAAUAAAGAGACUGAUGGAGAGGCAGAGGCGGAAGGCGGACAUCGAGAAGGGACUGCAGUUCAUUCAGUCGACACUACCCCUGAAGCAAGAAGAGUAUGAGGCCUUCCUGCUCAAGCUGGUGCAGAACCUGUUUGCUGAGGGCAACGACCUGUUCCGGGAGAAGGACUACAAGCAGGCCCUGGUGCAGUACAUGGAGGGGCUGAACGUGGCCGACUACGCCGCCUCUGACCAGGUGGCCCUGCCCCGCGAGCUGCUGUGCAAGCUGCACGUCAACAGGGCCGCCUGCUACUUCACCAUGGGCCUGUAUGAGAAGGCGCUGGAGGACAGCGAGAAGGCUCUGGGCCUGGACAGCGAGAACAUCCGGGCGCUGUUUCGCAAGGCGCGUGCCCUCACCGAGCUGGGGCGCCACAAGGAGGCCUACGCGUGCAGCAGCCGGUGCUCCCUGGCCCUGCCCCACGAUGAAAGUGUAACUCAGCUUGGUCAGGAGCUGGCUCAGAAGCUUGGGCUGCGGGUUCGGAAGGCAUAUAAGAGGCCUCAGGUAUCUGUUCAGAUCCAUGUAUCUUCAUUUGGCUCUUGCUGUGGGCCAGGAAGCUGCACAAAGGAAAGGGAAUUGGAAACCUUCUCUCUGCUCAGUAACGGCACCGCGGCUGGUGUGGCAGAUCAGGGAACUUCCAAUGGAUUGGGGUCCAUAGAUGACAUCGAAACAGAUUGCUACGUGGACCUGCGAGGCUCCCCGGCCCCCCUCCUCUCUACCCCUACGAUGCCCCUCUUCCCUCACGUUCUGGACCUAUUGGCCCCCCUGGACAGCAGCAGCAGGGCCCUCCCCGGCACUGACAGCCUGGAUGACUUCUCCGAUGGGGACGUCUUUGGUCCGGAGCUGGACACCCUCCUAGACUCGCUGUCUCUGAUGCAGGGUGGCCUGCCUGGCAGCGGUGUGCCCAGUGAGUUGCCCCAGCUGAUACCCGUGUUUCCUGGCGGGACCCCGCUGCUGCCACCUGUGGUGGGCGGCUCCAUCCCCGUCUCCAGCCCAUUGCCCCCUGCCUCCUUCGGCCUCGUCAUGGACCCCUCCAAGAAGCUGGCUGCCUCUGUGCUGGAUGCCCUCGACCCUCCAGGCUCGGCUCUGGACUCCCUGGACCUGCUUCCAUACUCAGAGACCCGGCUGGACGCCCUUGACAGCUUCGGGUCGACCCGUGGCUCCCUGGACAAGCCCAGCUCCUUCAUGGAGGAAACCAACUCCCAGGACCACCGUCCCCCGAGCGGCACUCAGAAGCCCGCCCCCUCGGUGAGUGAUGCGGCGAGGAUUGGUGACCAGCCAGAGCCUUCCAUGCCUAACACCGCCUUGCUCAUCAAGAACCCUUUGGCUGCCACCCACGAGUUCAAGCAGGCCUGCCAGCUCUGCUACCCCAAAACAGGCCCCAGGGCGGGUGACUACACCUACCGCGAGGGCCUUGAGCACAAGUGCAAGCGGGACAUCCUGCUCGGCCGCCUCCGGAGCUCCGAGGACCAGACCUGGAAGCGGAUCCGGCCGCGGCCCACCAAGACCAGCUUCGUGGGCUCCUACUACCUGUGCAAAGACAUGAUUAACAAGCAGGACUGUAAGUACGGGGAUAACUGCACCUUCGCCUACCAUCAGGAGGAGAUCGACGUGUGGACGGAGGAGCGGAAGGGCACCCUCAACCGCGACCUGCUCUUCGACCCGCUGGGGGGCGUAAAGCGCGGCAGCCUCACCAUCGCCAAGCUCCUCAAGGAGCACCAGGGCAUCUUCACUUUCCUCUGUGAGAUCUGCUUUGACAGUAAACCUCGGAUCAUCAGCAAAGGCACCAAGGACUCUCCGUCUGUCUGCUCCAACCUGGCUGCCAAGCACAGCUUCUACAACAACAAGUGCCUGGUGCACAUCGUCCGCUCCACCUCCCUCAAGUACUCCAAGGUCCGCCAGUUCCAGGAGCACUUCCAGUUCGACGUGUGCCGCCACGAGGUGCGCUACGGCUGCCUGCGGGAGGACAGCUGCCACUUCGCCCACAGCUUCAUCGAGCUCAAGGUUUGGCUGCUACAGCAGUACUCAGGCAUGACCCACGAAGAUAUUGUCCAGGAAUCCAAGAAGUACUGGCAGCAGAUGGAGGCCCACGCAGGGAAGGCCAGCAGCAGCUUGGGUGCCCCGCGGACCCAUGGGCCUAGCACCUUUGACCUGCAGAUGAAGUUCGUGUGUGGCCAGUGCUGGAGGAACGGACAGGUGGUGGAGCCUGACAAAGACCUCAAGUACUGCAGCGCCAAGGCCCGGCAUUGCUGGACCAAGGAGCGGCGGGUCCUUCUGGUGAUGUCCAAGGCCAAGCGGAAAUGGGUGUCGGUGAGGCCACUGCCAUCCAUUCGUAACUUUCCACAGCAAUACGAUCUCUGCAUCCAUGCGCAGAACGGCCGCAAGUGCCAGUAUGUGGGGAACUGCUCCUUCGCACACAGCCCGGAGGAGAGGGACAUGUGGACAUUCAUGAAGGAGAACAAGAUCCUGGACAUGCAGCAAACCUACGACAUGUGGCUGAAGAGACAUAACCCAGGGAAGCCGGGGGAAGGGACGCCCAUCACUUCUCGGGAAGGGGAGAAGCAGAUCCAGAUGCCCACGGACUAUGCCGACAUCAUGAUGGGCUACCACUGCUGGCUCUGCGGCAAGAACAGUAACAGCAAGAAGCAGUGGCAGCAGCACAUCCAGUCCGAGAAGCACAAGGAGAAGGUCUUCACGUCCGACAGCGACGCCAGUGGCUGGGCCUACCGCUUCCCCAUGGGCGAGUUCCGGCUCUGCGACAGGCUCCAGAAGGGCAAGGCCUGCCCGGACGGGGACAAGUGCCGCUGCGCCCACGGGCAGGAGGAGCUCAAUGAGUGGCUGGACCGGCGGGAGGUGCUGAAGCAGAAGCUGGCCAAGGCCCGCAAGGACAUGCUGCUGUGCCCGCGGGACGACGACUUUGGCAAAUACAACUUCCUGCUGCAAGAGGACGGGAAUGCCACCGGUGCCACCCUAGAAGCCCCUGCUGCUGCCACCGUCACCGGGGAGUAGGCCAGGUCUUGGCCGUGGGUGGAGUCCUAGGAUCCGGGGACAGGGGUGGGGAUAGAAGGCCUGAUAGGAGGGCCAGGGCAGGCCAGGGCUGGGGGUGGGGGGGCCCCUCAUCACGCAGCCCCUGGCCCCCCCCGGCCCUGUCCAUCCUCUCUCCCCCGCCCCCUCCACCAGUGCAUACCCAGGUGCACGAGCUGCAGCCCCACGUGUCCCAGGGUCUUCGUCCUGCGGAAACCCUGGGCAGAUCCUCCCACCCUCGGCUCUCCCAAUUGCGGAGGGAGGGGCCCGACUGACCCCUCCAGCUCCAGCCUACAGCUUUAACUUCUGUCUGCUCCUAAAGGGGACACCCAACGCUCAGGGCUGGGAGCCUGGGGUCCCCACUUGAAGUUGCAGCAGGAGCAUCCUUCUCCCCGCCCGCUCUCACCCAACCCACACCUCCUUGAGGGCAGAUCAGGACACAGCAGAGGGCAGGAGGCCCCAGCUAGCUUUAAAAUUCAGCCCCAGGAUAGGACUGGGGCCAUUGUACAGGUCACUUACCCUGUGGGGCCUCAGUUUCCCCUCUGGUUGGAAGAGUGAGAGGGGCUGAGCUGCAUGAUUUCUGGAGCCUGAGUGAGGAGCCUGGCUCCCUGGUGAGGCCACCAGCCCAGCUGCUCUCCCCUGUGGGCCACUGAAUGUAGAUUGUAGAUCGUCAGAGCCUUCAGAGAUGACCCAUCCAAGCCCUGGUCUGCAGAUAGGAGAACUGAGGAGUGGCCUGUCCGGCAUCCCCAGCCCACGGCAUGGUGGAGCUGGGGUGCAGGCUGUGGCCCAGGACUCAGGGCCGGUUACUGGCUGGAGCCUCCAGGCUCUCGUAGGGAUGUAACGGUCUCUGAAUCAGUGUGCAGCUGGGUCCCAGGCAGCACCGCUGGGGGACUUGUCGUGUUAGCACCUGCAGAGGGACAGUCCCCUCCUGAGCAUGGUCGUAAGGAGUGCUUCCUCUUGGCUGCUCGAGGAGGUGGUGAUGGGCAGGGCACCCAGGGCUCGGGUUCUGCACAGGGACCGGGGACUAGGGGGUAGUGGGAGGGUGGGUGGUCGGGGGAUGUGGAGAAAAAGGAGACUUGACCCUGGGCAGCAUGGGCCACUCCGGGAUCAGACACCACCCCUCUUCUUAGAGACUCAGCAGAGUCCUUUCCCUUCUCCCUAGACCCAAACCAACAACUAUGACCAUCCAGCCCAGCCCCUGCCUGAUCCCCGGGCCUGCCAGCUGCCUGGGACCCCAGCUGACCCCCAGCGCCUGCCCCCACCACCAAGCCCUCUCCCAUCCCUCUUGUCAGACGUGUCUUCGUGCACCCCCUCCUCUCCAUCCCACCCCUGUGGGCAGACCCAGCCUCCCCUGGUUCCCUAGACAUUCCAGAAUGCCCCACACCAUUGGCACAAGGAGUGGGGACCCCCGGAAGGAAUCAAGGACUGAAGCUGGAGUCAGUGUAGGGGCGGGUGAGACAGAGAGAAAGGAAUACCCUUUAUUUCUCCUCAAGCAAGAAGUGAGAGCUCUGAUAGGAAGACGGGCACCCCAGGCCGCAGAGAACCCUGUUCCUCUCGCUGCCACUGCCCAACCUUCUCCUGAUAAACCGUGGCAUGCAUCCUUUCUGCUCCCUGCCCCUCCCCCAGCAGGCGGGCAGUGGCGCUGCUGGAGGGGAGGGGGACCCGAGGUGGGGGCCGUGGCCGUGAACGUUGAUGACUCUUGUUUUCCCUGAUCCGUGCUGUUGCAGUCUGUCGUCACCAGCCUUGUUUUUAGUGUGUAUAUAUGUUGCCCCCGUGAUGCAUAUAUACACAGGUAUUAAAUAUAUCGCUCUAUAUAAUAUUAUAUAUGUGUGUGGUAUCCAAGGAAUCACUUCUAGUGAGGGCUAAAGAUAAAGAUUUGGCCAGAAAAUGCAGCCAUCCUGGAAUAAUGAGGAGGAUUUUCAGGGCCAUCAGGCCCUUUGUGAGGACUGAGGGACUGGAGCCAGGAGUCUGAGGUGGUGUGGGCAGAAGCGGCCCCUGCCGGGCCCCCAUCUGCCUAACAGCUUUCAUAUCACCCUAACCUAGUGGGGAGAGAGCGAGAGUGCUCAGGGAAAGAAGGUAGGUGUUUGUCUUCCACCCAAAGGAAUAGGAUUAGAAUCCAGAUUUCUCUUCUCCAACGUACAAUCCAUGCAGGGGCCCUUGGAUCCGGGGCUCCCUGGCCUGGCCAGAGCUGGAUCCCCCACAGGGCUGGGGGAGAGGGAAAGGAAGGCUGGUGGGGGACGACACUUUGAAUGAUGAGUAUGAUUCCUUCAGUUGUGACCCUGACUGGGGAGGCUCAGAGAAUUGAGUCGGGCCUGUGCUCCCCACCAACAGGCAGGGAUGAGAUAUCACGGUGAAUAUGGUGAAGGGGGACAGGCGUCCCGAUGGAGUGUCACUUUGGGGUGGAGCAAAGAGAGAUGCUGCAUUUCUCAGAUGGGCAGUAAUCAAUUUAAUGGUCCUUUAAAAAUGUCUGUGUAUUAAAAACUUAAGAAUACCACACUUUAAUAUUAAAUAUUCAUAAGGUCUAGUAUCUUGAUAAUAAUGUAGAUGUUUUAAUAACAAUUUUUGUCCUUCUUAAAAUAAAACAAAAGAAACUGGCUUCUUUUAGCCUUUGUUCUAGAAAAUAAACGUGUGCACUUUGA